AUGAUAAGCGUCACUUUUGCAAAGCCAAACAUUGUUAUAUUUGUUGUGGAUGAUCUCGGUAUCUCAGAUCUCGGCUGUUUUGGCAAUGACACGAUUAAAUCUCCGAACAUUGAUCGGUUGGCUGAAGAAGGAGCUCGCCUGCGACAUGAUGUCACGCCAGAUGCAAUCUGCACACCAAACAGGGCUGCACUGCUAACAGGAAGGUAUCCCAUUCGAUCAGGACUGGCUUCAGAUGAGGGACAAGACCGAGUGUUCCUUCACACGGCAGCAUCUGGCGGUCUGCCCCAAAAUGAGACUACACUUGCUGAGAUAGCGUCUGCCGCCGGUUACAUAACAG